AUGCAGGGUUUUAACAUGGGGUACUUCUUCCCCCCCUCCUCUCUCUCUCUCCCCUGCACGUUGCACUGACACCCAUUCCCCAGACGUUACGUUCCCCCGGACCAAGAAGGCAUCUACACCGGCAACCAACUUCACAAAAAGAAGCCCCCGGGAAUCCAUGGCAACACCCAAACCGUGCGUUUCGAAAUGCCCUUCGGCAUCUUCUGUCUCACAUGCGACGGACACAUAGCGCAGGGCGUGCGCUUCAACGCCGAGAAGAAGAAGAUCGGCAAGUACCAUACCACGCCGAUAUUCAGCUUCCGCAUGCGGCAUGUCAGCUGCAGCGGGUGGAUCGAGGUGCAGACGGACCCGAAGAAUACGAGGUACGUUGUCACGGAGGGGGGGAAGAAGAAGGGUGGGGACGAGGAGGAGGGGGAAGGGGCAGCUGGGGCGGUGGUGGGGGAAAUCCGCAUUCGAGAUCCGAAUAUGCCGGACGACCCAUUCGCCGCGGUGGAGAAAAAGGUCACGGAUAAGGAGGGCGUCAAAAAGAGCACCGAGAGGAUCGAGGAGUUGCGUGGGUUGAGCGAUAGGCAGUGGCUCGACCCCUACGAGCAUUCCAGAAAAAUGCGAAAGGUGUUCCGGGAGAGGAGGAAGGAGCUCCAGGCGAAGGAUGCUGCGAACGAAGCCAUCCGUGACCGCGCAGGGCUCCACAUUGAGCUUCUUGACGAAAUUCCCGAGGAUAAGAUUCGCGCGCAAUUGGUCGAAUUCGGACCGGACUAUGGGGAUAAGGUCGAGGAGGCUAGGACAAAGCCUCUGUUCGCUAAUGCUUCUACCGCUGCUACUACUUGCCAGGAUUCUGCGAAGAAGUCUUCCAAGAGGGAUGCGACGGGGAAGACGAAGGCGCAGCUAGCUGCCGAGGCUGCGAGGGAGAAGUUACAAAACGAGAUUAGGAGGAAUACGAGGACGAGAGUGGAUCCGUUUUUGAGCUUCGACAAACCGAAGAUUGGGCUGGAGUUUAAAUUGCUCAAGAGGAAGCAGAUGGAGGUUGGGACUGAGACCGAACCCGGACCUCAGCCUGAUGCUCGGAAUGGAGAGCAGCCGGGUGAGCCGCCCAAGAUGGCGGCUGCCGAGGGGAUCGGGUGUGUACAACCGGGGGUCUCGUUGGGCCUAGGCGUAUACGGGUCAGACGAUGACUGA